CGGGUCAGUUUGCGCCCGGAUGGAGCGGGAGCGGUUGGUUCGGAAGGUGACGGCGCUGCAGGCCUGCAUCCGGGGCUUCUUGGUCCGACGCCAGUUCCAGAGUCUUCGAGGUGAAUAUGAGGCUAUUGUACGAGAGAUCGAGGGUGAUCUGGGCACGCUUCAGUGGACUGAGGGCUGGAUUCCCAGGCCCCGAUUUCUCCCAAAGAAGGCAAAAUCCCAUCAGAUCUGGAAAGCCGGCGGAGAGAGGGUACCAAAUCCAGAGCAGGAACUAUGGAGCCACUUCCCAUGUAAAGAGACUGAGAAAGAGACCAUCUGGGAGGAGGUGAUACUGAAGAAGUCAGGAGAGAGCUUCACAAACUCCAGCAGUCUUCCCUGCAGAGAUGCCAGCGCCUGGCUUCAGGAUGAGCAGAGCAGGAGGACCAGGAAACCGAGCCAAGAGACCAGAGAUGUGUCAAGGAUGGAAAACCCAGAAGCUGCAGGUCCAGGACUGUCCCACAGCCAGACUGAGCUCCAGGAGCUCCAGAACCAGCGCAGCCACUUGGCCAUGGAGCUGCUGUGGCUACAACAGGCCAUCAAUAGCCGCAAGGAGUACCUAGUUCUCAAACAAACACUGAGAUCCCCAGAAGUGGACCAGAACAGACAUGAGCCCAGCUUGUGCCAAGAUCAUGGGGAACAUAGCUGUGAAAAAGCUGGAUCACAACCAGGCCCACCACUGGAAGACCAGUCCUACAGAGGCAGGACCCCUGCAGAGCCAGGCCAUGUGGAUGCCUCCUGCUGGAAACUCAGAUCACAACCCCACAAAUUCCCAGAAAGACUGGCCACUCCAGAUAAAACCACUGCUGGGGCCAAGUACAGGGACCCAUGCUACAGACGGCCUGGACCACAGCUGCCCACACCACCGGAAUGCCAGGCCACAGGGAAGAGGCUCACCAAAGAGCCGGACUGUGGAGAAGAGAUCUCUGGAGAGGCCUGCCUGCAGCUGACACUUCUAGAGGAUGAAAGCCACAAAGAGCUCAAAGCUAAGGGCUCCUGUCCUGGAAAGGCCAGGACACAGCUGCCCACACCCCGUGAGGACCCAAACAUUGAGGACAAUUCUCCCAGGGGGCCAUGCCAAAAAGAGCCUGAUUGGCAAAGAGCUGUGCCACGAGAGUUGGGCAUCUCAGAGGACUGUGUCACCUGGGAUGGGUCUUUGGCAGAGCAUGGUGGCCUGGAUCUCUGGAAGAAUAAACCACCCAAGGGCCAGACCCCCAGGGACAAAAGCUCCAUAGAUAGACCCUCCAGUGAAUCUAGCCAUGAAGGAUGGCAAAACCAGAGGACUACACCAUGGAGAUCGAGGCCACCUGAGAAACUGUCCACAGGAUCAAACCACACGGGAGAGGAUCACUGGAGGGGCAGACAGUGGAAAACAGGACCAGCAGGCUAGACCCUGGGGAACCAGGGAGGACCAGGUUCCAAAGGGGGAUGCUGUGAAAGGGCAGUGAGGGAGACAGACCUCAUCGUAGCUCCCUGGUCCCAGUUGUACCUCCUGCCCCUGCCCCUGCCCCUGGGUAUUGGUGGCUAAUGAGGCCAAGAGAAGCCAGAGCACAGAGCUGGCACCAGUAGAGGGAGAAGGUGGGAGGCUACUUCCAUCCUCUGCCGGUGGCUCAACCCACAUUUUGGAAUAGGGAGCCACCUGGGGCGAGGCAAGUUGGAGCAUAAAGGUUGAGAAUAAAUAAAGAUGGAGAAGAAAGGUUUUCGUUAGAUUCUGA